AUGUGUAACAACAGCGGUGGCCGCGGCGGGGCGAUGGCGGCUCGGAAGGGGCCGUGGACAGAGAACGAGGACGCCCAACUGGUAUGGUUCGUGCGCUUGCUCGGCGAACGCCGUUGGGAUUUCUUAGCUCAGGUCUCAGGUCUCCGGCGCACCGGCAAGAGCUGCCGCCUCCGCUGGGUCAACUACCUCCACCCGGGCCUCAAGCGCGGCCGCAUCACCGCCGACGAGGAGCGCCUCAUCCUCAGCCUCCACGCCGAGUGGGGCUCCCGCUGGUCCAGGAUCGCCAGGAAGCUCCCCGGCCGCACCGACAACGAGAUCAAGAACUACUGGAGGACGCACAUGAGGAAGAAGGCCCAGGAGGAGAAGAUGCUCGCCAAGAACAAGGCCUCCUCCUCGCCGUCCUCCUCCUCCGCCGACUCCACGUCGCUUACGACGACGACCUGCUCGGCCUCCCCAACGGCCACGUCCUCCUCGGCGGCGACCACCGAGGAGGCGCCGCAGGAAAGUACUACCAACAUGGACGACGAGGCCGAGGAGGAGGCCGCCACGUCGGCGAGCGAGGAGAAGAAGGCGGAGGUGGUGCAGUACUGCUCCCCCGUGGACAUGGACCAGCUCUGGAACGACAUCGCCGCGUCGGAGAGGUACCCGGAGAUGAUGAUGAGCUGGGGCGUAGCCGGCCACGUGGUCAUGCCCGCCCCCGCCGUGGAGCCUUCGUCGCCGGUAUGGGAGUUCUGCGAGGAUUACUCCCUGUGGAGGAUCGACGACCAAGAGUACUACAACAAGAUCGAUCAACACGCUCUGAAUUGA